CCUGGUGGGUGUCUCUGCUGCGUCUUCCUUCCUGGGGAAGUCAGAGUCUCUCUUCCUCCUCUGCAGGUUGUCGCCGUCUCUGCCGGAGGAAUCAUGACCGUCACCGUGGACUUCGAAGAAUGUCUGACCGACUCGCCCCGUACCAGGGCCGCCAUGGAAACGGUGGAGUCGGAGGUGUUUGAUCUGGAGAGCCGGUUGGAGAAGCUGGUGAAGCUCUCCUCCCAUAUGGUGGACGGAGGACGUCAGUACUGCACCAGUAGCCGUCACUUUGUCUGCGCCCUGCGGGAGCUGUCCCACCAUUCCCAGGAGGACACCAUGCUGAAGGAUUGCUUGGAGCGUUUCUCUGACAGUCUGAAUAAAAUUAUAGACAAUCACUUGGAGCUCCUGGACUCCAUCCAACAAAGCUUCAAACACAAACUGCACCAUCUGCUGAAAGAAGACAUACGUUCCUUCCGAGACAGCCGAAAGGAAUUGGAGCGCUGCAGAGAGGGGCUGGAGAGCGCCUUGAACCACAACUCAGAGAUUUCUCGCAAGAAGGCGCAGGAAGUGCAGGACGCGGCGGUGUCGGUGCAAACAUCCCGCAAGGCGUUCAGAGAGCGAGUCCUGGAUUAUACGCUGCAGAUCAACGUCAUCCAAGGGAAGAAGAAGUUCGACAUUUUGGAGUUUAUGCUGCAGCUGAUAGACGCUCAGACUGGUUUCCUCACACAGAGUCACACCGUCCUGAAGAAUGUGGAGGAAUAUCGGAAGGGCCUGGCCACACAGGUGAGGGGGUCAGGAGAUAAUACUCCCCCUGUAGAAGGGAAAAAAUAGC